UUUUACACUCCCGCCGGAGGAUCUUGCGAUUGUCCCGCCUCUGUCGUGCAAACACUUUUUGCGGAGUUAACAAAAUUUUCCGAUUGUUUUGUUUUGUUGAGAUUUUUGCUUAGAUCUUUGCUGAUUGUGGAUUUCGUCUAGAAGAAGUCGAGAGGCGAGGAAACUAUGAGGGAAGAAGAAAUUGAGAAGAUCCGCGGCGUGGUUCGUGACUGCGUAAGUAAGCAUUUGUACUCGUCGGCCAUCUUCUUCGCCGACAAAGUAGCGGCUCUCACCAAUGACCCAGCUGACAUUUAUAUGCAAGCUCAAGCUCUUUUUCUCGGUCGCCAUUACCGACGCGCCUUUCACCUUCUCAACGCCUCUAAGAUUGUCCUCCGGGAUCUCCGAUUCCGUUACCUCGCCGCCAAGUGCCUCGAGGAAUUGAAGGAAUGGGAUCAGUGUCUCUUGAUGCUUGGUGAUGCUAAGGUUGAUGAAGAUGGAAUUGUCUAUGAUGCCAAAGAUGGUAACGUCAUAGAUUUUGAUAAAGAUGCAGCGGACCGAGAGAUUAAUAUUUCUUCGGCAAUAUGCUUCUUAAGAGGGAAAGCAUAUGGAGCGUUACAAAACCGUUCUCAGGCUCGACAAUGGUACAAAGCUGCUAUUAAGGCUGAUCCUCUGUGCUAUGAGGCUUUGGAAUGCCUUAUUGAAAGCCAUAUGCUUACAUCUGAAGAAGAAUCGAGUCUGCUUUCUUCACUGCAAUUUAGUCCAGAAGACGGAUGGCUCUCGUCUUUCUAUUUAUGCUUGAUAAAAAAGUAUGACAUACAGAGCACGAUAGAUGCUAAGUUCAAGAAGCUUGAGAACGAAAGUGGUAGUGUCUCUGGAUCAUCGAUGAUCACAUUGGCUAAUAACACUGAUCUGUUGGCCUGUAAAGCUGAGUACUACCAUCAAUGCUGUGAAUAUCAGAAGUGUUUCGAACUAACCUCUGCACUCCUUGAAAAAGAUCCUUUUCAUUUGAAGUGUACCUUGGUACAUUUGGCCGCUGCCAUGGAACUUGGUAAUUCAAAUGAGCUCUAUCUAAUGGCGUGCAAUUUGGUAAAAGACUACCCUUCAAAGGCGUUGUCAUGGUUUGCGGUGGGUUGUUACUACUAUUGUAUCAAAAAGUAUGCUGAAGCUCGGCGGUACUUUAGUAAAGCUACGAGUAUAGAUGGCUCAUUCUCACCAGCUUGGAUAGGUUAUGGUAAUUCCUUUGCUUCCCAAGAGGAGGGUGACCAAGCCAUGUCUGCCUAUCGUACUGCUGCUAGGCUAUUUCCAGGGUGUCAUUUGCCAACUCUGUACAUUGGAAUGGAGUAUAUGCGAACUCACAGCUACAAGCUUGCGGACCAGUUUUUCAUGCAAGCUAAGGCGAUAUGCCCUUCGGAUCCACUUGUUUACAAUGAACUCGGAGUUGUUGCAUAUCAUAUGAAAGAGUGCGUUCCUCUUCUCUUUACAGUCUGCUUAUCUCUGAAUUUUCCAAAUGCUAUUAAUGACAAAGCUACACUACAAAAUGGGGAGAAGUUAACGGUCCAGUAAAUUGAGUCA